GGUUUCAUCAGACUGGACAUGUCGGAGUUCCAGGAGAGGCACGAGGUGGCGAAGUUCAUUGGCUCUCCUCCUGGCUAUGUGGGCCAUGAAGAGGGAGGGCAGCUCACCAAAAAGCUGAGGCAGUGCCCAAAUGCUGUGGUGCUCUUUGAUGAGGUGGACAAAGCCCACCCAGACGUGCUCACCAUCAUGCUGCAGCUGUUCGAUGAGGGCAGGCUGACGGAUGGAAAGGGGAAGACCAUUGACUGCAAGGAUGCCAUCUUCAUCAUGACCUCCAACGUGGCCAGCGAGGAGAUCGCACAGCAUGCUCUGCAGCUCCGGCAAGAGGCCAUGGAGAUGAGCAAGAAAAGGAUCGCGGAAAACUUAGAGGAUGUUCAGAUGACUGACAAGAUCACCAUCUCCAAGAAGUUCAAGGAAAAGGUUAUUCGCCCCAUCUUGAAGGCUCACUUCAGACGUGACGAAUUCCUGGGAAGGAUCAAUGAAAUCGUCUAUUUUCUCCCUUUUUGUCACUCGGAGCUCAUCCAGCUGGUCAACAAGGAACUCAAUUUUUGGGCCAAAAAGGCCAAGGCGAGACACAACAUCACACUGCUGUGGGACAGGGAGGUCAUGGAUGUGCUGGCUGACGGCUACAACCUGCACUAUGGUGCCCGCUCCAUCAAACACGAGGUGGAGCGGCGCGUGGUGAACCAGCUGGCAGCUGCCUACGAGCAGGACCUGCUGCCACGGGGCUGCACCCUUAGGAUCACCGUGGAGGACUCAGACAAGCAGCUGCUGAAAACCACAGAGAGCUCUUCCCCCAGCACAGAAAAAUCCAAGGUGCCAACCCUGCGGCUGGAGAUCGUGGAGAAGGACAGCAAGGCCCGAAAACUGGAGAUCCAGGCGCCACUGAACCCCGAAAACAUCACUUACUUUUUGUAG